AUGAUUGGGAGGAUGAGGAAUGAGUACGACCUAUUAGACGAGAGGAUCGGCAGAUUUUGGCAUCAAGCCUUCAAAGCUGCAGUGGAGGAGAGGAUAUUUUUGAAGGACCUCAAUCUUCCUCUUGCACGUAUAAAGCGGCUGAUGAAAAUCGAAGAGGGCGUCAGGAUGGUUGCUUCUGAGGUUCCUGUCUUGUUUUCGAUGAUAACAGAAAAGUUUAUUGAAGAGCUCACUCUUCGUGCAUGGAUAAAUACAGAGGAAAACAAGAGAAGAAUAUUGCAGAAGUCAGAUCUGACUGCAGCGGUGAAGACAUCAGAGAUGUUUGACUUUCUGGUUUACAUUGUGCCAAGAAACGAUCUCUUACAUCCAUUCAAUCAUCUGGUACCCAAUAAGAUACACCAUGGAGGAGAGGAGUUUGCGCCCAGGAUAGAAGACGGAUAUGCAAAGCACCAUCUUAGCGAAAGGCAAAUGAUGGAAAACAUGGUUGAGAAAAUGGGAACGUCGCAUUGCCAGGGCUUUUACUCCCAGGACCAUCGAGUUGGGGGCGAAGUUCCUGAAGCCAUCAGCAAUCCUCAUGUAGAUGAUUAUAGAAGGGGAUUUGACAUUUCCUUCAAUAGAGAUAUGCCCACGGACAUGGCGCCUGGGUCCUUCAGAUGA